AUGGAUUCCGAUACUUCCAACAAGAUUACAUCUACUCAAGAAUCAUCGAAAGAAACGAAACAAGACGUAAUUAUUGUUAUUAUCGAUCAAGAUGGUAACAAACAAUUAGUAACUGAAUGUAUUGAAUCAUUACAAAAAGAAUGUGGACAACACCAUAUGGAACGAUGUGCAUCAUUUGAUAUCGCUUCCAGCUAUAUUAAACAACUUGAUGAAAAUAAAACUAUUAUUGUAAUCAUUGUUGGACGUUCAUAUGAAAAAUUACAACAUGUUAUAUCAAACAUUGAUUCUUUACCAGGAAGAGUACGUAAUUGUUUUAUUUAUUCAACUGAACAUGAAAAUACAGAGAAACCUACAAACAUCUCAACUCAAUAUAUAUUUGGUAAACGUCAAUUACUUUCAGCAAUUCAUGAUGUAUUCGAUGCACUUGAUUCAUCGCCUAUCCAUGUUCAUCCUGAUGAAUAUACAUCAAUUACAGUACAUGAAAGUACAUUUAAUAAAUUAUUCAAAGCAAUGAAAUCGAUUCAUAUUAAAGUUCUUGGAUUUACAAUAAAAAUUUCUGAAAUGGAAGCAAUUUUGUCACCAUCGAUAUUUCAAUUUAAAGCUUUAGCCGAACUCAUUGGCAUUUUAGAUAUGCUUCCACAUAUAAAACAAAAAGUUCAUGGUGAAUGUGAAUUAGCAUUGGAUGAACAUACAGGAAAACUUUUACUUAAAAUCAAAAAACUUAUUAUUGAAUUACCGAAACUUUUUGGAUUUGGUGGUGGUUCUACAGAUAUUGGUAGUUAUAUUUCUCCAAUUCCAUUGAAAGGAUUUAUUAAUUUUACACAUCCAAUUGAUUUACCACAUAUGUGUGAAACAAGACAAUUUAUGAUCAUUCCACGAAAUUCUCGAUUUUUUGUUGAAGAUAAACGUGCAACUCUUUCCGUACAAAUUGAUUAUGCUGAAACAUCUAAUACUGAUAAAAAAUAA